GCGGGCCGGGCGCCGAGGUGCCGCCCAGCGCCCCGGCCGCGGCCCUGCCCGGGCCCUAGCGCCGCCGCCAGCCGGAGCCCGGAGCCGGCGCCCCGCAGCCCCGCCGCGCCCCGCGCCCGCCUCUCCGAUGGGCAACCUGCUCGGCGGGGUCAGCGUGCGCGAGCCCACCACCGUGGAGGACUGCGACUCCACCUGGCAGACGGACUCGGAGCCCGAGCUCGAGGAGCCGGGGCCGGGCGGCGGCGAGGGCCCGGGGCGGGAGCCCGCGCAGCCCCCAGAGCCCGCCGAGCCCCAGGAGCCCCCGGAGCGAGCCGGCGGCCGGCCCCGCGCCGGCCCCGCGCCGGAGCCGGACCCCGAGGCGGCGGGCGCAGAGCAGGGGACUGAUUCCACUGAAGCACCUGCCAAGCCAAAGAGAAGUUUUUAUGCUGCGAGGGAUUUGUACAAAUACCGACACCAGUACCCAAACUUCAAAGAUAUCCGAUAUCAAAAUGACUUGAGCAAUCUUCGUUUUUAUAAGAAUAAAAUUCCAUUUAAGCCCGAUGGUGUUUACAUUGAAGAAGUUCUCAAUAAGUGGAAAGGGGACUACGAGAAGCUGGAACACAACCACACCUACAUCCAAUGGCUUUUCCCUCUGAGAGAACAAGGCUUGAAUUUUUAUGCUAAAGAACUAACUACCUAUGAAAUUGAGGAAUUCAAGAAAACAAAGGAAGCAAUAAGAAGAUUCCUCCUGGCUUAUAAAAUGAUGUUAGAGUUUUUUGGAAUAAAGCUGAUAGAUAAAACUGGAAACGUUGCCCGGGCUGUUAACUGGCAGGAAAGGUUUCAGCAUCUGAAUGAGUCUCAGCACAACUAUUUGAGGAUCACUCGUAUUCUGAAAAGCCUUGGCGAGCUUGGAUAUGAAAGUUUUAAAUCUCCGCUGGUAAAAUUUAUCCUUCAUGAGGCUCUGGUGGAAAAUACUAUUCCCAAUAUUAAACAGAGCGCACUGGAGUAUUUCGUGUACACAAUCAGAGACAGAAGGGAGAGGAGAAAGCUCCUACGGUUUGCCCAGAAACAUUACACGCCCUCAGAGAAUUUUAUCUGGGGACCCCCGAGGAAGGCACAGCCUGAGGGCAGCAAAGCCCAGAAGCCCCCCGGCCUGCCCACCGCGGGCCAGCAAGGCCAGACGUCUAUGCACAAAAAACCCAAAGACUCCAAAAACACCUCCUCAGCCGCGCACGGGAUCAGUAAAGCAGCUGAAGACAAAAAAGUGGCCUCUAAGGAGUCAGGAGAAGAGACAGACAAGCCCAGUGCGGAGCCAGGCAGCGAGGCUGCCCAGCCCGGAGACCCCGGGCAGGACGGGGUUGCGGACAAUUCCAGUCCUCAGGCAGAAAAGACAGUCACUGACCCCGAGGAGCAAAAGGAGAGUGCGUCUCCCUCGGAGAAGGAUGAGGCGGGUGACAAGCCGGACCAAGACGGUGGAAGUCCAGGCGAUGCGGGUUCCCAUGAUGAGACCACGUUGCCGUGAAUUAUCAGAAGGCCCCUAUGCCCAUGCACCCCCGGGAGGGGAGGCUGUGGCGGGUCCUGAGGAGCAGAGGCCGCGUUUGCCAGCGCAGCUGGAGGUUGAUGAUUUUUCUGUGGUCAGCAUUAGUUGUCACCUGGUUUUUAGUCUGGAUGGCUGUGAAUUUAAUAUAUAAAAAGAAGUCUGAAGACGAGACCCAAUGAAUGAGUGUAUCCUGUAACACUUUGGGGAUGUGAGUUUUUGCAUCCUGUACAGAAUUCCCUUUAUAUUAUUUUCAGUGUAUCUGGAAGUAAUCAUGGAGUGUUUGAUAUAGCUGAGAUAGGAAUCAGUUCUUGGAGCAGACUGUACUAUACCUGGAGGAAAUUGAGAGGAUAAUUUCAUUAUGUGGCCACACCUUUGCCAGAUUUAAAGGUUCCUGUGUUUAAGCUGCAAGAAAAAAAAAUGUGGUCUUCUCUGAGGUAUUCAGAAAGGAAUUUGGAUUUUUUUUUUAACAGCACCUCAGCGUGUUUAGUUUCAGGUUCUGGUAAGGAGGAUGGAUGUUCUUGGGGACUUGGAAUCACCCUCCCCUGCUUGUCAGUCCCGCCGUCUUUCCCGGUCCUCUCUCUCCACCCCUAGCCUCAUUCUCAUCAGCCACCUGUGUCGGCCGGCACCUGCGAUUCUAGUGUUGACAUCUAGACAUUCAGAUGGUCUCCUACAGUGACAUUUACACGGGAUGGAAGAGACUGUCAAUUGUACGAUUUCAAGAAUUUGCUUUGUUUAAAAUAAUAAACAUGUUUUUCUGUAUUAACAUGCUUAAAAACAAAUUUUGAUGCAAAAGUACAAGAAGAAAAUCUUGCCUUUUAUGGCUGUUCCAUAUAAAUUUGGUGCUUGUGUCUGAAUGCAAAUGACUAAAGAAUUAAAAAAUAAGAGAAGAAAUUAUUCAUUUUUAAAAUGCAUGCAUUUUGUACCGGCAACAAGGCAGUGGUCCCUGAAACCAUGAAUAUCUCAGUGUUACGUGGACUAUGAAGUUCAUAUUGCUUAGCCCACAGGGUAUCUUUAAAAAAAAUACAAUUUGCUGUUAUCUCAGUUGUCAGACCUUGAAAUUGAGAGUAGAUUUGAUAUCCCAUGUAUUCAGCUUUAGUAAGCACAGAAUGUGUCAAAAUUGGGUAAGAGCAAAUAGCUUUAUUUCCUAUAAUAUUGUUACUAAUUAUUACACAUUAGAAAACAAUCAAACACUGUGGUGAAAACUUCAGCAUACCUACAAAUGUAGUAAAAGUAAUUAAUAGACCUUUUUUUAAAACUUAAUUUCAUUUAGAAAGAAAUUGCCUCUGUGUGUUUCUUAGGCUUUUAAGGGAAGAUCUAUUCACUUUAACCCCCAAAGAAUUUUUACUAUUUUUACUGUGUCCUGUUUUUUAAUCAUAUCAUAUCAUCUUCUGUUACCUUUAUUGAUCAGAGGAUUUUUAGCAACGGAUUUCUAGAAAAUAAACACACCAACAGUAUGCUUUUAGAGGAUUUUAUUGCCUUGAAAUUUACGUAAAACAUCACUGUUUCUCAAAUCUGACUUAUUUAGUCAGAAUAUUAGUAACGUGUAUUAUAUAUGUAUUCCAAUAAAUAUAGAAUAUUUUCUCAUUAUAAUUUCUCGUAAUACACCAGUUUUAUGUUUCUUCUGUUUUUUGAAGUGAGCAUUAGGAUUUGGGAAACAAUUCUGCUUUUGGAUUUCAGUUUCUUUUUUUACUUUAAUCUAAAAAAAGCUUUCUUUCAUGGCCCCAUUCUUUCUUUAAUGGCCUCACUGAGCUCAAUAAGCAAUUUUGCAGGAUUAGGGCAUGAGAGUAGGUUGCCACAUUGGGCUGAAUCGUAGAAAUAUAAUACAUUAGAAAUAUCUUACCAAUUUUGCAUACAUGAUAAAGUGUUCACACCACUUUCUGAGUACAUAAUGUUAAAAUUUUGUGACCAGAUAUUAAAAUAUGAAUAAGCAGCAGACUGAUACUAAAAUGGGUAUAAUCUGAAUUACUUAGAAGCUAGUAGUAUAUCAGAGCCCUUAGAAGUAAAAAUGUUUCAUUUGAUAAUUUAACUUUUAGAAUAUUCCUAAUUAGGGAUUUGAUUAGAUUGUACCAUUUAAUUUGAGAAUAUUUAGUCUCAAGGGAAAAACUGCCUGGCUUUCAUUUAAAAUAGGGGCCUUUUUCUACCAUGCUGGUUUUGAAAGGUAUAUUCACAUGUAACGGUAUCAGUUCUCCAUUUAGUCUGUAAAUAACUUAUGAGAGAAUUCUUCAGUGGGAAGAAGUGAGAGUGCCAUUCCUUUUGCAGAUAAAAAUUACACCUAAAUUUUUUUUCUAUUAAGAAUAUUUUGUACAUUCAGUAGUUUUAAAAUAAGAUCUAUAGGUGUGUCUUUAUGUGUGUGUUAGACAUGAAACAGCCCUCUGGGUUUGACUCUGAUGUGUUGUAUUUUAAAAAACUACUAUGUGCUUGCAGAAACUCACUGAGAAGCUAUUAUAAAAAUGCGGUGGAGCAUGGCCAAAUAGUUAGAAACUAUCGAAUUUUUGCAAUUCUAUAGAGUUUAUCAUUGUACCAUGGACUGUGAGGAUACUCAGUAUUGGCUAUUGAUAAAAUACUAAUUUGCGUUUCAUGACAAUAGAUGUUAUACUGCUUGGUUAGUCUAGUAUAUUUCUAAUAUUUUGUGCAUUCAUAUCCCAAAGGAGAUAAUAUACGUGAAAAUAUUUUGAAAUACUAUAAAGUGAUAUAUAAUGAUAAGAUAUAUUUCUGUACGGUAGAGAAAAAGUUUAUAAUAUUAAGAAUAUUAUACCAUUAUACAUUCUUGUGCUCGAUCUUACAAGAAACAGAAAAGAAUAAUGACAACUGAAAAUAUGUCUGCUUUCUCUAAGUCAGGUCCAGUUCUCAGUUCAAAAUUAUAUGAUAUAGCUUUAUUUUGAAUUUUAGUUGUGAUAAAAAGCUUUUUUUCAGCUUCAAGGAGAAAACAGAACUUGUAACUCAGGAGUUAGCAGAGAAGUUCCAAGAUUUUUUUUUUUUUGCCAAGUCUUAAAAAUAUAAAUGUUAUGUUUAUAUAAUUAUCUACUUUGUUUCUAGUUUUUAUACUUUAAUCUGACAGAAGGAAUGAUCUGGUAAAAAAGGAAAGCAAUACAAUACAGUGUUACAUCCGAGUCACUCUUGAAAAAAUCAUCUUAGUAAGUAAACAUCCAUAUCAAAGUGGUCAAAAAUUGAUUGACCCGAUGGAGAGAGACUAUUUGGUUAACUGUUUAAAGUUAAAUUUCCCUAGUUUAUAGUAUAGUUAUGGUUGAUUUUUAAUCUACUGAGCAACUAAAUCACCCUUUUAUUUUGUCUUUCUAUAAUUGAGACUCUUACAAAAGCUUUGUUUUCUAACCUGAGGAAAGGACAGUCUUGAUCUUGUUUGGUUCUAAUUGCAUCUGUGGCCUCUCAAGUUUAUUUGGGGUGAGCGGGGAUUCUUUGUUAUAGAAAUAAUUUUGAAGAUUUCUAUUUUGUUUCCCACUUUAAAAAUAUCCAUUUUGUUUUCUUCUGGAGUAUUUCUGUUAAAUGUAAGGUAAGCUGGAGUUAGACACACUGGAAAUCAUUUCAAAUGUAGGUGUAGUUGUAGAGCAAGAUGGCAUGGAUUAAUAGAAUAUAGUAAGUUAGGGAUACACAUGUGUUGAUGUCUUUUACCUCUGAAUUCUGUUUGUUCCACGAGCAGAUCUGUGUGGGUAUCUCUAGGGUGACAGUGAGUACACCCUGCCUCCCAUGUUCCAGCCCACCCAGCAGACUGUGCUGGGGGACAGACUGUAUUUUAGAAAUCCCUAAUUACUGAAGUUGAUAAUAAUAUAGUUUUAAACAAAUGAAUGCCUGGGGGUGUCCAGAUGUGCCUUAACUAAUGUGAUCAGGCUUUCAUUCAGAAGUUUAAAUUUUUACUCCAUUAUAAAAUCUUGCCAUAAGGAACAUUCCAAACCACGAAGAUUAGUUAUUUUAGUGAAAUUUACUUUGGUUGGUGCUUUUUUCAUUUUGGAGACAUUUCCAUUUGUAUCAGUAACAUCAGUUCAAAAGUGAGUAUACUUAGCCACAGUGUUCAAGCGUGCUAUAUUUGACAAAAGGUCUUUACAGUAAGAAAGAUUAGCUGCAUGGUUACAUUUAUUUAUGCUUCUCCUUAAUUUUGCUACUUGCUGUAAUUUUCACUAUAAAUUAAACAUCUCUCAGUUUCUACUAGUAAUAUUUAUCUGUCUUUUGUUUUUAGAUGCAGAUGGAUGUAGAAAAUGGAAUUAGAGAAAUGAUUUAAAAGUUUAAUUCCAAUAGAUGUUUGGAGGAAUCUGAAAUUAAUUUGGACUUUUAUGCUGUAGUUUUAUUAGAAACAUUUAAACAGUACUGUUCUUGCUUUUUACCUUAGGUUGGAGAAAAUAUUUUUUUGUCAUCUGCUUUUUUUCUUCUUUUGUUAAGAAGUUUAUUGUUUUAGUUAUUUGUGGGAAAUGACUUCUUAAUAUGUUUGUUUCCUUGAAUUAACAUGUUUGUCUGGAGGAUACAAUUAACUGCUUUGUUUUAUGGUCCAAACUCUGCCUGGAGGUUGAGUUCAGAGAAGGGGAGUUGGCUGAGAACCAUCUGGGUGAAGGGGAGCCGGCCCUGGGUGCAGCCCCUUCAGUGGAGGAAGGGUCCCCGGAACCUCCUCUGAGUGACUAGGGUCUCGCUCUGCGAUUGCGGACUUCUGAGGAGUGAGGGCCACCUGGGAUUCCAUGACUCCAUACACUGUUUCAGUGGGUGUCAGUUUUCAUAAAAAUACCUGUUGUACUUCAUUUGCCACCAUUUUGUAGUUGUUUAGAAAAUUGUGAGCAAUUGGACACCUGCUGUGUAGAUUACAACUAAAUGUAUCUCAGGAAACAUUGAAAUACCAGUUCUGCCUACCCCUCCCCCCCAGUUCAAAACUUCUAAUCUCCAAUCAAAUAUUGCUUGGGUUGUUCUUUCAGAGGCCUCUGUAUAAAAGUCUUCAUAUAAUGGUUCAGUGUAAAGAUGAAAUGCAAGGGAAAAGGCACCAGUGCUGUCUUGUUAUGCUGAAAGACCUUUAUAUAUAUAUUACAAAAUCAGAAACCUUAUAUAUUUUAAUAUGUAAAAUAUAUGGAAGUUAUAAAGUCUAUCCUAUUUUCAUUUUUAAAUUAUAAUGGAGUUUGUGGAAGAGUUAACAUUAACUAGAGAGAUUAGUUGUGAGAUAAGCUCUGGCCCUAAGAAGCAUCCGAGUCCUGCACUCACUGCUCAGAUGAACACUUGGUGCUGCUGGGUUCAGUGUUAUGUGGAGGAGAGGAAAACACAAAAUCAGAAGACAGAGACUCCCUGCCGAAAAGAUGUAACCGACUGUAGGUCUGUGCAGUGAGGGCGAGAUGCGGCAGGGUCUGCAGAGCUUUCCAGCGGGGACGUGCCCUGAGUUACACGUGCCAAGGGGGUCAGUACCUGUCUGGAAACAGUCCCAUUCCUGCUCUCCUUUGAAGCCUGAAUUCCGCUUACUCCGCGGUAGACUCAGACCUUGUACAGGCUGAGAGAAAUAAUCACAUGAUCCGGCACCGGGUUCAAUUCCUCUGCCGGUGCUUUUACUGGGUUAAGCGGAGGGGCUGGCUGUAGACCCAAGGAGGAGAGGCAGUGCUAGGUUGCCUAUGGCAAAGUAACCGUGUCUCCCGAACCAUCACAAUGAAGAGCAACAAACUGGACCAAGCGUUAGGUCCUUUUACAAGCCUUUUGUUUUCCUCUUUGUAAAAAGUUGGGUUGCUUGUCUCCGCAGUGUGCUCUCCACUCUUCUUUUGUGCAAACUGAUAAGACAGAUGGCCAACCGGGUCCAGUCACCAUUUCCACUGGGAAACCUUAGUGCCCUUUGUAUUGUGAGUAUUUCAGGAGGAUGGGUAUGGUUCUCAGAAAGAUGGGUGCUUCCCUUCCGGUGUGAGCGCUGUCUCUUCAGCAGCGGCGGGCCUUCCGCCACGCGCCGUCGUCUGCAGGAUGAAUUACAGAAUGCUGCGCGUGUCUGUGCGCACCAAUACCAUGUGUAUGUGGUAGGAGCUGUAACCAGUUUCUGGAUAUGUCUGGUACUAUGAAACACUUAUUUUAUAAUCCUGUAACUGUAUGGCAGUGUUAUGCCAAAAAUGUAUAAAGAGCAAUAGUUUCUCUUGUUUACUGCUGUGUUUAAAAAGAUCGUUUCUGAAACUAUAUGUUUAGAGUCCCUUCAAUUAUUUUUAAUAACUAGUGCCAAAUAUACGUCCUGUAAAAUGACUAAAAGCCCCUUCAUCUUGGUUAACAUUCUGGCCUUAUGUUAGAGUACAUUAUGUUGAUUUUGCAUGAUUAAACUAUUUUUAAAGAGCUGGAAC